AUGUCGUCCAGAACAUUUUUCGUAGGAGGAAACUGGAAGAUGAACGGUGACAAGAAGAGCCUGGGCAACCUUAUAACGACCCUGAACACUGCGAGCCUCAACGAUGAAACCGAGGUGGUGUGUGGUGCUCCCACCGUCUACCUUGACUUUGCCCGCUCUAACCUGGAUGCAAGGAUCGGCGUGGCCGCACAGAACUGCUACAAAGUCGCCAAGGGGGCCUUCACUGGCGAGAUCAGCCCUGUGAUGAUCAAGGACUGUGGCGUGGAGUGGGUGAUUCUGGGCCACUCGGAGAGGCGCCACGUGUUCGGGGAGAGCGACGAGCUGAUUGGUCAGAAGGUGGCCCAUGCCCUGGAGAGUGGCCUGGGGGUGAUCGCCUGCAUCGGAGAGAAGCUGGAGGAGAGAGAGGCUGGAACCACAGAGGAGGUGGUGUACACCCAGACCCAGGUCAUCGCAGACAACGUGAAGGACUGGAGUAAAGUGGUGCUGGCUUACGAGCCUGUGUGGGCCAUCGGUACUGGCAAGACGGCCUCACCCGAACAGGCCCAGGAGGUGCAUGAGAAGCUGAGGGAGUGGAUGAGGGCCAACGUCUCUGAGGCCGUGGCUGACUCCGUCCGCAUUAUCUACGGAGGCUCCGUGACGGGGGCCAACUGCAAAGAGCUGGGCUCCCAAAACGAUGUGGACGGCUUCCUGGUGGGUGGAGCCUCCCUCAAGCCCGAGUUUGUUGACAUCAUCAACGCGCGUGCCUAG